GUGUCUUACAGUGCGCAAACACAAUCCGUCGAGUUUUCCAGCACAUGUCGGGGAAUACCUUUGUUGGGGUAUGGAGUCGGUUGUGGAAACAGAGGUGAUAUGGGCAUGAAUAUAUUUAGACGAUUGCAAGGGAAUCCGUCAGGCCGCUGGCAUCAAUGACUCGAGUCUCGCCUCCUCUGAAACAUACUUCCAUCGUGCGCUCGACCUCGUCAGUAGUCUCUUUCUUCUGCAAAUUUCUCAGUUCCUUUCGGAUAUUCUCCGUGUUCGAAGCUCGUAUGGAUGACUGGAUAACGGAGAUUUCUUUCAUCCGACUUAUUCCUGUCUUGCGCGAACCAUGAACGGCUGUCAGCAUUGGCGGAUUGCCCAGGGCGCUCCUAGGAUUUCGGUUCAGACUCGUGGUUCAUCAUGAGCGUCGUUUUCGGCUCGUUUUAGCACUAGCGAAUAGCAGAGGGCUGGGAGGCAGUUUAACCUACGGACAUCAGAUGCGAACAGUUCCUAGAGAUCACGCGUCUCGGAGUCAAACGGUAGCCAAAGGAUCACUCAGCACUACUUCCAAUCUUAAUGGGAAGCUUACCGAAAGCAUCCGCUUACUUUCAGGGCAUUCAGUCAUCUCAACUUGAAUGUUCCAGCACUGACUCCACUUCUAAUUAUUGCGGUCAGCUUCGUCAUCUAGCACCAAAGGUUUGGCCACCAGGACGGCUUGUGGAAAUUGCAGGUAAGAACUAGAUCUGACAGCGGCUGACAAUGACUGACUUUUCACCAGAAAACGGAAAGUUCGUUGCGAUGCUCUCAAACCAGUUUGCACUCAGUGUCAAAACCGAAGAACCACGUCGCUUGAUGAUCCAUGCGAAUACCCAGGUGAAACAGGACGGACUACGACUGAAAUGUUGGAAGAUAACAUCUCACGCCUCGAACAAAGGAUACGCGAAUUAGAGAGUGCAGAAGAUCCGUCUGCUAUCAGGCUUCAUAAUCCUUACUCUCGAACUGGAUAUCGAUCGACUCCGUCGCCUUCACAAGGAAAUCAAAGGGAAUUCUAUGAAAACCAAAGUAUUACAGCUUUAACGAACUUCAAUCAGGAACCACCCGUUGAUCUGCGACAAGUAUAUCUUACAUGGUUCUUCUCGUAUUACGGGUCGGUAUUUGGGAUGUUCCUGAAUGAAUCACUUCUUCUGAAGGGAGCGUGCUCAGCGCUACCCUUGGGACAUCCAUCGAGGCCUUCUCCCGCUCUAUUACACACUAUAUACUACAUUAUUUCACACCUCCGAGAUACAUCACCUCAUGUACAUCCAUCUCAGAACCCACCACAUGUAACUCUUUCUCAAGUGCUUCAACAAGUCUCCAAUAUGCUUUCUUCAUCACACCCCAAGAGGCUGAUCCAUACUAUCCAAGCAGAGGUUCUGCUCUCCAACUAUUUCUUCCUCACCAAGAGAAUACUAGAGGGAAAAUAUCACUUGAACACUGCAAUUUCAUUGGCGGCGGGGGCAGGAUUGCAUCUUAUCCGAAGUCCAUCGAGUCAUCGUCAGCUACUUUCGACGUCUGCUAUACCUACGUGUGCCAGUUACGUUGAAGAAGGGGAGAGAAUAAACGCUUUCUGGGUCGUGUACUGCAUGAGCAACUUGUGGGAUACAGUUUGUUCGAAUUCUGUAGCUUUUGACGUCGUCUUUGACUCUGGACGGGAAGGAAGGAGGAUCGAUACGCCGUGGCCCAGGGACAUGUUAGACUACGAACAAGAUGGGAUUCCGACGGGACUCACAAACCAUUCGACCGUGAAGAAUUUCCUCGCAAGCUCAUCUACCAACUGCGACGUCCAAGGAACAUCCGGUAUUACUCUCUAUUCUAAAGCAACAAUUCUCUUCGCUCGUGCGACGUCGCUCGCAAAUUCAUCGCCCAAUAACAUGAGUAGCUCGGAUAGACAAACAUUUUUGGCAGAUUUCAAUCAUACAGACCGGCUUAUAGACUCCUUCGCGUCCGGACUUCCAUCUAUUCCCUCCGAGAGGUCUCCUUCAACCAUUCACCUCGCGGUUUUGACGCACACCUUAACAUAUGCCGCCGCGAUUCAACUUCAUUCCGUGUUUUCUGGUACAGAUGGCCGCUCUAGUAGCAAAUCUCUAGCGUUGGCGGGAGUGGCGGUUGGAUUGCUCCCACUAUUCAUUGACGCCCUCAGACAGUCUCCUGAUGUUGCUAGGCUCCCAACUGUGGAUCCCGCUUUUGGACUUCUCUGGGGUAUCGUCGGUAAUGUUCUUGUGAAGGAGGUGAGAAGGGUACGAGCCCGCUCCAUAUCAACGGCGAGCGUCGGAAAGGAGAACGGGUUACUGGAUAUGUUGCAUACGUUGGUGGCGACGAUGGAAGGGCUCAAAAGCCAUUCAGCUUUCAUGGCAUAUCAGCUCGAUACACUGAAAGAAGCUAUGAAAGUACCAUGA